ACAAUCCGAUCCGAGAAAUGGAUAACUGUAGUGACGUGUCAGACGAGGGAGUGUAAACAGCUCGGAAUUAUUUUAUGUUGAAGUUAGUCUUUGUUUAAAAUAGUUACAAAAUGAGGGACUUUAAAUACGAUGUGAUACUUUUAUUACAAUGUGUGAGAGAUCGGCCGUGCUUAUGGAACAAAAACCUAGAGAAUUACAAAGACCGUUUGGAACGGAGGAACGCUUGGGAAGAGAUUUUCAACAUUUUGGAUGACACUUACGAGGAAAUGACGCCAGAAGAGAAACGCAUCACUGGAGAACUAGUUCUAGCUAAAUGGACAAACAUUCGAGACACGUUCUUGAAGAGUCUGAAAACGAAAUUGGGCAAGCCCAAAAAGAAGUAUCUCCUUCACGACCAUUUAGAAUUUCUGAUCACAUUACUACCAGAAGAACGUCAGAGCCAAAUCAAUUCUGAACCUUUUAUGAAGCAAGAACCAGAGUCUUUUAGUGCUAGCGCUGACCUGCAGCCAGAAACUUCCACUGCUUUUACAAUAUCCAACGUGACAAGUUAUAGAGAAAAGGGCGUGAAAGAUUCUGAAUACGACUCGAAUGAGCCUGAUUACAGUCGUAAAAGCAAUCGUGUUAAAAGAAAGGCAAACAGAUUCGUCUUUGUUGACGGCGUGAAAGAAAAAGAUGGCGAAUAUAGUAAAAAGAAGCUCAGAAAAAGUAGUGUGAAAGAUAUUAAUGAAGAUGUUUCGGUUAAUGAUAGUUUUACAGACAUAGAUUUUGUGGAAGUCGAUAAUAAUGAUCCGAGGAUUAUGAAUGAGGAUGAAGCCUUCUUCGCAUCAUUGUUGCCUACAGUUGUAAAGUAUAAUGAAGAUGAAAGGCUGGAGUUUAGAAUAGAAGUUCUUGGUGUUAUGAAAAAGUUGAAAGAAAAGAGAAAUUGGACGACUGAAUAGAAGUCUUAGUUAACUUUCUAUAUUAUCAAUCAAUUAUAGAUAAUCAAUAAUUAUUUAAGAAUCAGGAAAUUCUGAAUAAGCCUCGUAGAUUAUGUUGAUUUCUUGAACAAAAAGACUGAAUAAAUAUAAAACAACAAUUAUCUAGUUCGCUUACUUAACCCCUUUGUAAAUAAACUUGGAGAAAGUUAUAUUUGUAAGUUUAAUAGUCUGGGAAUCUAGGGUAA